ACACGCUUUCCUAGACAAGGAGCUGAAGAAGCUCUGGAGGGAUCUCUUCUCAGAUUACCCACAAUGCUCAGAGGGUCAGAGAGUGGAGGAGGAGGAGGUGGAUGGUAAGAAGAAGGAGCAGAGGAGGCGCGCCAUAGAGGGAGUGGUGGACAUCACAAUGCUCUGCCUGAUGGAGAUGAACCAGAAGGGACUGGCCGACAAACUAUCGAGCGGAUCUGCUGCUGUCGAGUGCCAACAUAAAAUUAAGUCCAAUUUGAAGAAGAAGUUCAGGUGUGUGUUUGAGGGAAUCGCUAAAGCAGGAAAGCGAAUAGAUCUGAACGACUUCCACACAGAGAUCUUCAUCACAGAGGGAGGCAGUGGAGAGGUCAACAAGGAACAUGAGGUCAGACUGAUUGAAACAGCUUCCAGGAAACCAGUCAAGGAAGAAACACCAAUCAGAUGUGAGGACAUCUUUAAACCCUUACCUGGACACGUUCGACCAAUCAGGACGAUAAUGACAACUGGAGUGGCCGGCAUUGGUAAAACCGUCUUAACACACAAGUUCACUCUGGGCUGGGCUGAAAGCAAAACCAACCAGGACAUACACUUCACAUUUCUCCUCACUUUCAGAGAGCUGAAUUUACUGAAAGGGAAAGAGUUUAGCUUGGUGGAACUUCUUCAUCACCUCUUUAUUCAGACCAAAGAAGCAGGAAUCUGCAGAUUCGACCGGUUCCAAGUUGUCUUCAUCUUGGAUGGUCUGGAUGAGUGUCGACUUCCUCUGGACUUCCAGAACAACCCAAUCUGGACUGAUGUUACAAAGUCAAACUCGGUGGACGUGCUGCUGACCAACCUCAUCAGGGGCGACCUGCUUCCCUCUGCUCGCAUUUGGAUAACCACACGCCCUGCGGCAGCCAAUCAGAUCCCUGCUGAGUGUGUUGACAUGGUGACAGAGGUGAGGGGGUUCACGGACCAACAAAAGGAGGAGUACUUCAGGAAGAGAUUCAAAGAGGAGACGAUGGCCAGCACAAUCAUCUCCCACGUCAAGAAAUCACGAAGCCUCCACAUCAUGUGUCACAUCCCAGUCUUCUGUUGGAUCACUGCUUCAGUUCUGGAGGACAUCUUCAAAAAAUCCCAGAUCGAAGAGAUGCCCAAGACCGUGACUCAGAUGUACAGCCACUUCCUGAGGGUUCAGUCCAUACACGGGGACAGGAAGUACCAUGGGAGAUCUGAAAUAGAUCCACACUGGAGUUCAGAGAACAGGAAGAUCAUUGUUUCUCUGGGAAAACUGGCUUUUAACCAGCUGGAGAAAGGCAACCUGAUCUUUUACGAGGAAGAUAUGGCAGAGUGUGACAUCAAUAUCAGAGCAGCCUCAGUGUACUCAGGAGUGUUCACCCAGAUCUUUAAAGAGGAGUAUGGGCUGUACCAGGACAAGGUUUUCUGCUUUGUCCAUCUGAGCAUCCAGGAGUUUCUGGCUGCCCUUUAUGUCUUUCUGUCCUUCAUCGAUACUGGUGUCAAUCUGCUCUCAGAAGAACCACCAACAUCGAGGAAAGAUAAACUCCUCUUCUACCAGAGUGCUGUGGACAAGGCCUUACAGAGUGAGAACGGACACCUGGACUUGUUCCUCCGCUUCCUCCUGGGCCUCUCUCUGGAGACCAAUCAGAUUGUCCUACGAGGUCUGCUGCGAAUGACAGGAAGUAGCUCACACACCAAUGAGGGAACAGUGUCACAGAUCAAUGAGGGAACAGUGUCUUACAUCAAGGAGAAGAUAGAAGGAGAUCUAUCUCCAGAGAGAAGCAUCAAUCUGUUCCACUGUCUGAAUGAGCUGAACGACUGUUCUCUAGUGAAGGAGAUCCAACAGUACCUGACAUCAGGAAGUCUCUCCGGAGAAUCUCUCUCUCCUGCUCAGUGGUCAGCUCUGGCCUUCAUCCUACUGACAUCAGAAGAGGAGCUGGACGUGUUUGACCUGAAAAAAUACUCUGCAUCAGAAGAAGGUCUUCUGAGGCUGCUGCCAGUGGUCAAAGCCUCCAAAACAUCUCUGCUGCUGGGCUGUGAUCUGUCAGAGAGAUCCUGUGAAUCUCUGGUCUCAGUUCUCAGCUCCAAAUCCUCUAGUCUGAAAGAGCUGGACCUGAGUACCAAUAAUCUGCAGGAUUCAGGAGUGAAGCUGCUCUCUGCUGGACUGGGGAGUCCACACUGUACACUGGAAACCCUCAGGCUGCUGGGCUGUCAUCUGUCAGAGAGAUCCUGUGAAUCUCUGGUCUCAGUUCUCAGCUCCAAAUCCUCUAGUCUGAAAGAGCUGGACCUGAGUAUCAAUAAUCUGCAGGAUUCAGGAGUGAAGCUGCUCUCUGCUGGACUGGGGAGUCCACACUGUACACUGGAAACCCUCAGGUCAGUUUUACCCAAUGGUCAAACACUCAUCAUGUCUGGUUCUCCCUCAGAUGCCUGUGACCUCACACUGGACCCCAACACGGCCCACAGACGACUCUCUCUGUCUGAGGACAACAGGAAGGUGACGUGGGUUAGAGAGGUCGAGUCGUAUCCGGAUCACCCAGACAGAUUUCACUCCCUGCCCCAGGUGUUGGGUAGAGAGGCUCUGACUGGCCGCUGUUACUGGGAGGUAGAGUGGAAAGGACGUGUUGAUAUAGGAGUGACAUACAGAGGAAUCACAAGGAAAGGACAGGGUGUUGACAGCAGGCUUGGAAUGAACAAUAAGUCCUGGAGUCUUGUUUGUCGUGAUGGUCGUUACUCUGCCUGGUACAACGGUACACAGACAGCCCUCCCUCUCCGCCCCGCUGGCUCCACCAGAGUAGGAGUGUAUCUGGACCGGCCUGCUGGCUCUCUGUCCUUCUACAGAGUGUCCCCAGGUGGAGGAGGGUCCUCAGACACACUGACACACCUCCACACCUUCUGGUCCUCCUUCACCCAGGAGGACCUCCUCCCGGUGGUGGGGUUCUGGCUGUGGCUGACCCCAGGGGGGUCCUCAGUGGGGUCCUCAGCGUCUCUGUGUCGGUUGCUGAAAAAAAACAACGUGCGCCUCCCGGGGCCUCUCUGAUCCCUCAGUUGAAUAAAUGGGGGGGAGGGGGGGGGACUCAUAAAAAAAAAGUGGGAAAAAAAAGUCAUAAAAAAAAGUGCGCCCCUCCACGAAACACACACAAACACACACAUGCACACGCACUUACACAAACACAUACAAACAUACACAAAACACACACA